AUGGGGCUAGAGUGUAGGGUGAGCGCUGAGGACGGGUCCAUUGAGUGUCUCGACUUUCGGCGUGCGUCAUCGGGCCCGUUAGCAGCAGCAGCAGCAGGAGGAGCUGCUGCUGCUGCUGCUGCUGCUCGUUUGUGGCGCAUUGCUGCACACUCAGGAGCAGCAACAGCGCUGCAGCAGCAGCAGCAGCUGCCGGGGCUGCUGGUCAGCUGCGGCUUAGAUGAAGUGGCGAGGGUUUGGGACUUGCGGGGGUCUCAAGCUGCUGCAGCAAAAGGGCCUCCGCUGCUGCAUGAGAAGGACCUCAAGGUGGGGCCUCUGUUCAGCUGCCGGGCCAGCGAAGAAAAAGGGGUUUUUGGCUUUGGGGGUUCGCAAGUGGUUAUAUGGGAUUUGGGGGACACGGAGCACAUUGCAAAGGCCUUUAACCUCUAA